AUGAAAAGAAUCUUUGAACUUCGCCCUAGUUUUUCAAGGUACGCAGCUGUCUGGGAUGUAAAUAAAGUCUUUGACUAUUUUAGACAGAAAUGUGAUGUCUCGGAUUUAUCACUUAAAGAGCUUUCUGAAAGGUUGACAACUUUGUUACUACUCCUAAGUGGACAACAAUCUCAAACAAUACACUUAUUAUCUAUCGCAAGUAUGGAGCUUUCUCCAACCCGAUGUGUUUUUCAAGUAAAAGAAAAAGUGAAACAAUCUCGAGUAGGUUACCAUAUUGCUCCUAUAGUGUAUGAAGAAUAUCCGAAAGAACCAGCCCUCUGUAUUUUAAUGCACAUCAAGGAAUAUAUUAAGCGUACACAGAAGCUUCGCGAUCCGGAACUUUCUCAACUAUUAAUUAGUUAUGUUAAACCAAAUAAGCCAGUGUCUCGAGAAACUAUUGCUCGCUGGUGUAAGAAUGUACUUAAAUCAGCAGGAAUUGAUACCAAAAGAUUCAGCUGUCAUAGUACUCGGGCGGUAUCUACUUCAUCAGCAGCAGAAAAAUCGGGCGAUAUUGACAAAAUCAUUAGCUCGGUUGGCUGGUCAAACGCUAAACUUUUCAGACAUUUUAUAAGAAACCUGUGGAACAAACCUUUAACUUGGGUACGAUCAUUUUGA